AAUUUAUACAGAAGAAAAAAAUUGCGAGUGAUAAAAGCGACGUAAUGCGAAUAAUAAGACUAAAUCGGUGACGUUUUCACUCGUUAAAAGUGAAAUGUCGAUUCGUGUGAGUGGUGGUGUUUAUCUGGUGCCUGGGCUACAGGAGACUAACGAUAAAUGUAACAAAACCAACGAUAAUCAGCAUCAACUGACUAAAACAGUGACUAUUGUUGCUGGACCACAGAGGAGCAAUAGUUUGGAUUAUUUGAAUUUUGAGGAGAAACGACAGUUGAUCGCAUCCUCAUUAUCGUUGAGUGAUUUUCUCGCUCAUGGACCGGCGGCUGCUGCUGCAGCUGCCAAAGAGGUUGCUGCCAGUACUGUUGUCAUUGCAAAAAAACAAAAUGGCGCAGCCCUCCGAACAAAUAGCCUGGGUUCAGGGGCCCGUACACCACCUUUGGAAAGAAAAAGUAAAUUCUCAGCAUUCGGUAGAUUAUUCAAGCCCUGGAAGUGGAAACGAAAAAAGAAAUCGGAUAAAUUCGAGGCUGCUUCUAGAUCGUUGGAGAGAAAAAUUUCUGUCAGAGCGAAUCGAGAAGAGCUCGUGCAGAAGGGAAUCCUACUGCCAGACAGUCCGACCUCACCAAUACCGGAAGAGGGUCCGACGAACGAUACGUACAAUCAGAAGCCACCGACCCCCCAGCAACAUCAUCACCAAUCAUCAACGAUACCUGGCACUCAAUUUACCAAUGCACCACACAGCCAACAACACCAACAACAAAAUACCAUACUGUCCAACUCAACGACUGUCAAUUCUCACUCGUCGUGUACUGGAUCGAAUAGUAAUCAAGCAUCAACGCAUCCCUCAACCCUCUAUCCAGGUGUACCAUCAGCUAAUCAGGUGAACGGCAGCACGCAAGAGCCGAAAAAGGAAAAGACUGAACAGAGUGCGAAUGGGGCAUUAUCACCAAGUGGUGAGCUUGCAUCGAGUGAGGAUGUGGGAGGACAAUCGGGGGAUCAGAAGCCGAACAGGCCGAGGACCCUCGAGGCAUCCAGAAUGCUCACCAGGCGGCUAUUGAUGGUUCGAAUGGAAAAAGGAAUGUUGCAACCGACAGCUGAGGAGCAGCAGGCGAUUGACAGAUACAUGUCACCGAUGCCACCUCACAAUACUCUGAUGCUGUCGGAGUUGCCGGAGCCACCGAUUCCAUUAAGUGAAAUUGGUCCCAUUCCACCACCCCCGAUGUUCAGCUCACCGAGUCCGACAUUGCUGGCUAGACAGAGACAGCAGCAAAUGCCGCUGUCUGACUGUGAAGAUGAUGAUGAAGACGAAGUGGAUGUUGAUGAGGACGACGUGGACCUCUAUGAAAUCCGUUACUCCCAGCCGGACCCGAGCAUCGACACAUCGCGAGUGGAGGAGAUACCCGCGAAAGAGCCAAAGUUUCAUGCAAUGCCCCUGAAGAGUGCGCUGAAGAAGAAGGGCUCGGGCAGUGGUCCUGGCACACCCCAGAGCACUCCCACCCAGGAGAAUCGACCCCUGACACUCCGUCAGGAGCUGCACGCCUCGUUCAACAGUCGACCUGUGAGAUUCGGUCUCGCACUGCCCUGCACCCUCGAGAACAAGGAGAAUGCGCGACCCUACGUCAUCAGGGAGGACUCGGAUGGCUCGGACGAUGGUCAAGUACUCUACAGAGACGAUUACGAGGACGAAGAGAGCCGACUUCAAGCCAAGAUUGCACGCAAGGAGUCACUGUCACUGAAACUUGCACUGCGGCCAGACAGACAGGAGCUCAUAAACCGUAAUAUUCUGCAAAUACAGUCUGACAAUGAGAGACAGGAGAGCAAAGAGGCCAUUGGUGCACGGCUCAUCAGGCGGCUUAGCAUGCGACCGACUCAGGAGGAACUGGAGGAACGUAAUAUUUUGAAGAAACAAAGCCCGGCUGAGGAGAAGAAACAGAAGGAGGAGAAGAAGCGUUAUUUGCUUAGAAAAUUGAGUUUUCGGCCUACGGUUGAGGAGCUCAAGGAGAAGAAGAUUAUCAGAUUCAAUGACUACAUCGAGGUGACCCAGGCCCACGAUUACGACAGGCGAGCCGAUAAACCGUGGACCCGACUGACGCAGAAGGACAAGGCGGCCAUACGAAAGGAGCUCAACGAGUUCAAAAGCUCGGAAAUGGCAGUUCACGAAGAGAGUCGACACCUUACUAGAUACCAUAGGCCAUGACAAUCGCAAUGUGUAGAGGUGAUAAAGUGUAGUGCAGUUAUCGUGGACGCGUUAUUGUGGCGCAAUUGUGGUACAUAAGACACAAGAGAAGGAGGAAAAAAUGAGCCGAGACCCUCAGUCUCCUCGAUUCAACCCUCUCAAACCAAUUGUUACGUCCGCUGCUGCGUUCGCGAUGAUGAUUAAUGAUGUGAUAGGGUGGUGAGUCCAUUAUCGCGUUGGUUUAUCGAAUUAAAUCAAUAUUCAUGGGAUGCAUCCACCCGAAUAUGAAAAUACAUUGGCACAUUUUAUCGGUAUAUCGAUCGAUAAACAUCACGAGGAAUUAUUCGUCAGUCAGUUGACAUUUUUUAUUGACAAAAGAUAAGAGGGAAAAUUUGUUAAUCAUUCCAUUCAUUUUUUCGCCAUUUUUUUUUUGGACCUGUGAGUUGAUUUUCUCUUCUGUACGAUUUUGAAUUUAUUCGUAAUUUUGGGGAGGAAGUGUUUGAUUAGUUAUUGAGGAUUUUAAUUAUUGAUGAUUAUUUGAGGGAAUUAUCGUUGAUUUUUAUUUGAAUUUUUUUGGGUUUUGGAGUUGUCUUCCAAAAAGAAUUUGGUGAUUAAGUGGUGAGGCUGGGGAAGACGUCAAGAGAUUUUUUUUUGUUUGAGUUGAGGGCCUAAUUGCCCCGCAAUAUCAUUUGACCUUCGACUCCAAAGACAAAACUAAAAAAAUUCCUAAAUUGUCGAUUUCACAUUCUUCUUCUUUCUUAUUUUUGCAAUUAUCUCGAAAAUCAUCGCUCUUAACGAAAAAUGUCAAAAAGCAUUUUGUGACAUUACCCCCUAAACCCCACAUUACCGAGAUAACUUACCCAUUAACAAAACAAAAAAAAAAAUCUCACGCUUCACCACUUCAGAAUUGAAUGAACAGUUUUAUUAACUGAAAAUUCAUUGAAAUUAAUUAUUAAAAUACAAAAAGCAAUGUUUUAAUUAAUUUUAUAAUUAUUUAAACAAAUUACCAACCAUUCAAGACCACGAGAAAUCAAUUAAUCUCAACAGUUUUCACAAAAAAAGAAAACAAUGAAAAAUUCUCAUUUUUUCAGUUUUCAAAUCAAUUGAAACUAAAAUUAAUUAUUCUUUAAUUAUGCAAUGCGAUGAAAUGUGGUCGGCACGCAACGAUGAAUAAACAAUGCAUAUUGUGCAAUGAAAUGUACAGAAACAGAGUAAAAUAUCGCACGAUUAUAAAUUUUAAUUGAAAAAAAAGUUGUUACGUUAUUGAUUUUGGUUAAUCAAUCAACCAAUUGAUUAAGAAGUAAAUUCCUCAAGCAAAUCAGUGAUGAAUCAUUGAAUUGAUCGUCACGUCGAUAACAACUACUAUAAUUUUUCUAAACAAAAAAAAAAAUACUCAAUUAAA